AUGGCUGCUUUUUUCGGCUUUGGACAAUCGGCUGAAGUGUCGAUAAAGUUGGAUGAUGAGGAGGCACGAAAAUUAGCCAAAAUAAGAGCCGAGGAUGGGACAACAGAAACGCACUACCUUUUCUAUGAUGGGGAAACUGUGAGUGGAACCGUAAAUGUCACCUUGAAGAAGCAAAAUCAAAAGCUGGAACACCAAGGAAUCCGUGUUGAGUUUAUUGGACAAAUUGAGGUUUAUUACGAUCGUGGGAAUCAACAUGAUUUCAUCAGCUUAACAAAAGAUUUGGCUCGACCUGGGGAGCUUUUGCAAAACACCUCUUUUCGUUUUGAAUUUCCACAUGUCGAAAAGCCUUAUGAGUCGUAUGUUGGGACUAAUGUCAAGCUUCGAUAUUUUUUGCGGGUGACAAUUGUGCGUAGACUUACGGAUAUUGUAAGGGAGUUAGACCUUAUUGUGCACACGUUAAGCAGUUAUCCGGAAACCAACUCGAAUAUCAAAAUGGAGGUUGGAAUCGAGGAUUGUCUACAUAUUGAAUUUGAGUACAAUAAGUGCAAAUAUCACUUACGGGACGUUAUUGUUGGCAAAAUUUAUUUUUUGCUCGUCAGGAUCAAGAUCAAAUACAUGGAAAUUACAAUUAUCAAAAAGGAAUCCGUUGGAACGGGCCCUAAUGUAUUCAAUGAAAACGACACCUUGGCUAAAUAUGAGAUCAUGGAUGGCGCUCCAGUCAGAGGUGAAUCGAUUCCCAUUCGUUUAUUCCUCGGAGGAUACGACCUUACGCCUACAAUGCGGGAUGUUAGCAAGAAGUUCAGCGUUCGAUACUUUUUGAAUCUUGUUUUGGUUGAUGAAGAGGACAGACGAUAUUUUAAGCAACAGGAGGUGACACUUUGGAGAAAGCCAGAUCGACCCCCGCGAAGAGCUCUCGAGACAAAUGCCAUUCGGGAUAAUGGAGAACAUGUGGAAGAGGAAGAGCGUCUUUCAGAAGACGAAGAAGCGGCAACAAAUAAAGUUUCCAAAGCAGUUCCUCCGCACCAGAAUGGCGAAAAUGGAGAAUCACACGAAGCGGAGCCAGUUGAUGAU